UUGAAGCAUGUCUAUCAAAUUUCUGUGUUAACUCUUAGGUCUUUCAUAGAUGAGAUGCGGAGGAAAAAAUGUCGUCGAAGGCCAUUAUAUUCUAAGAGUGAAGAUUACAGCACAUCAGGAAAACGAGUGCUUGAUCUAUAUAUUCAGGGACGGAAAGAAAUGGAAGAUGCCAACAUAAAGGAAAUCCAUGGAAAAGAACAUGAAGAAAGACGACUACAAUUCAAGGUUAAAAUAAAUGAUGGUUCGUUAGAGAUCAAGUUCUUCUGGGCUGGAAAGGGAUCUCUAUACAACCCACCUGGUCUCAAUGGAACUCUCAUAUCAGCUGUUUCGAUCACUCGUGGUAGGAAGCGCAAACUUCAAUACUUCUCAUCUUGUCUGCUAAAAAACCCAGGAUUCUGUUGCUCACUUCACUAUCUGUGUGAGAAUGGCUGA